GUUGUCUUCUAUUGCACAUACAUCAUGAGAUUAAACGUUUUCAUGUGUUUCAUCAUCGUUUACAGUAAAACUCCAGUGAAUGCAGACAAUGCAUUGCGAAUUGUCGGUGGAAAUGAAACGACAAUUGAGAAGCAUCCGUGGAUAGUAUCGAUUAAAAGUCUUGGAGUCCAUUUUUGCGGAGGAUCCAUUAUCAAUGAAAAUACUAUCGUCACAGCUGCGCAUUGUUUUGCUGAGAUAUCAGAGGGACUAUCGAUUCUGGCAGGCACUAAAAAUAUAGACGAAAAAGGCACAGCUAUAAAAGUAGAGUACUUUAUAAUGCAUGAAAAAUAUGAUACUGAGACCUAUACAUACGAUUACGACAUUGCUAUUUUGAAGUUAUCGAAAAAUUUAACGUUCUCCAGUAAAAUCCAGCCGAUACUUUUACCCUCAGAAGAUACUCAAGUAUCAGUUGGAGAACCUGUAACAAUAGCCGGUUGGGGGGUGACCAAGGAGGGUAGUCCUAUUAUAUCCAAUAUAUUACGUGACGUGGAAAUAUACUCCGUCGACUGGGAAACUUGUAAAAAGGAGCUGAACGAUUAUGGCACAGUUACCGAAAAUAUGUUCUGCGCAGGAUAUCCCACAGGCAAUAGAGAUUCAUGCCAGUGCGAUUCGGGUGGACCGUUGGAAUUAAACGGUACUUUACUGGGCAUCAUAUCAUGGGGGAACGGAUGUGGAGAGGUUGGUUUUCCUGGAGUAUACACUCUCGUUCCCAAAUUCAGAUCAUGGAUUAAACAACAUACAGGAGUCUAGCUCCUGUACUAUUUUAUUUAAUUUCUUUUAUCAAACAUAUUGUCAGCUAUAGAGUUAUUAUUUCAAUUAAAAUGACAGCAUGCAAAAAAAUAUUAUAAAAAUAUAGAAAACGUUAAAUAAAUAGAUCAAUCGACUGUUAAAGCUAGAA